CCUUUUUUUUACUUUGCCUCUUCUCCAAACUUUUCCGCUUCUCGAAUGGCUGAAUCAUUACCACAAAGUAUACAAUCUUUAUUUGGCCCUGUUGUGCUUGAAAUAGACCAAGCCAUUACAUCUGUUCAAGUUAGCCAAAAGGAAUUGAGUCAAGAAAUGGAUAAAUUGACUUCAGACUUGGAACAGUUUUCUGGUAUUGCAGAGCCUCCUAAACUUCAGUCAUGUUUAGACAAGUUGAUGGAGUCUAAAAAGAGAUUAAACUCAAGUAGUGCAUUGAUGCAACAAAUUACUGAACGUGUAGAAAGAAUUCAAAGCGAAUUGUCAAAAACGUAAAAGGAAUAUAUUUGUUUUAUAUUAUCUUUUUGCUCUCUGCACAACAACUAUACAAGGUAGAAAUAGUACGUUCAAGCGUCCCUCAUGUUUAUAUACAGCCACACAUAAUUCGGUUUCGUACUAAUAAAAACUGAAGUCAAAAUUGUGUUGUUUUCUUGGCAAACACUUGGUGCACUCAAAA